UCCUUCACUGCAGCGGCUGUGUGUUCAAUGGGAACCAGUGCCACCAGAUUAUACAGUACUCUGGCUCCAACUAUAACUGAUAAUGGAAUUCCACAGACACAGGAGGAGUAUGCGGUAGAGACCGACUUGGAACCAGUUGAUCCAACAGACCCAAAUGACAUCCUCAAAGAAUGUCAGCGGGUCCUUGAAAACCGACCACCCAGACUAAAGCAGGAUUUUCUCCACCUCGAAAGUAGUCAAGCUGGCGACUGUCGUCCAAUCAAGGUCCUUCAGUGGAACAUUCUAGCACAAGCUCUUGGAGAAUGGAAGGAUAACUUUAUCAAAUGUCCAAGAGAAGCUUUGAAGUGGUCAGAGCGUAAAUACCUUAUCCUGGAGGAGAUUCUGACCUACCGCCCAGAUAUCCUGUGCCUGCAAGAAGUAGAUCAUUACUUUGACACCUUCCAGCCAGUUCUCAGUGGGUUAGGCUAUCAUUCGACCUUCUUUCCCAAACCAUUUUCUCCUUGUUUGGCUGUAGAGCAUAACAAUGGACCAGAUGGAUGCGCUUUGUUUUUUCUUCGGGAGAGGUUUGAAUUGAUUAACACUGUCAAGUUAAGACUGGUGGCCAAGAUGUUGCAGACCAAUCAAGUAGCCAUUAUACAGACACUCCAGUGUAUAGAAACUGGCAGAAUGUUUUGCGUUGCAGUUACACACCUCAAAGCUUGCAGUGGCUGGGAGCGGUUUCAUACAUUGCAAGGCUGUGACCUACUUCAGAAACUAGAAAACAUAACGGGGGCUGGUAUUCCCCUUAUUGUGUGUGGAGACUUCAAUGCAGAACCCACUGAGGAAGUUUACAAACAAUUUACAAAGUCCAGACUCAAUCUGAACAGUGCCUAUAAGCUCUUGAGUGAAGAUGGGCAAUCAGAACCUCCCUUCACCACGUGGAAAAUACAACCCUCUGGUGAGAGCUGCCUUACACUGGAUUACAUUUGGUAUUCCCAUCAUGCAUUUGCUGUGAAUAGAUUACUCAAUUUGCCCACUGAGGAACAGAUCGGCCCUAAUCGUUUACCAUCACUUCAUUACCCUUCUGAUCAUUUGUCGCUUGUUUGUGAAUUUAGUUUUCUUGAUCAACUUGAUAACUCGUUUCAGUCUGUUGCUGGAAGUGAUAAUAAAGUCUAA